AUGUUUAAUGUUUACAUGUUUAAUUCCAUAGAACUAAGCAAAAUUAUUAGGCACGUAACAAUUCUUAUGCCAUAUCCAUUAUAUCCAUGCUCCAACUUCCCUCCGAGAUUCUGCGCAUUUAUGAGUCAAGGCGACCGAAGCAGUUGUAUGACGAAGUUACUCGACAAAUUAAAAUGUCGGUUGAACGAGUUGAAGGAACACGUGAACAUGGAAUUUGAAAGGAAUCCAUAUUUAGUAAUCUUCCUCGGGACAGUAUGCAUCUUUUCUUCUCUACCUCUCGUCGGCUUCAUUAUUUUCGCAGUAUUUUCCACGAUGGUUUUUUUGGCUAUAUUCCUCAUAGCAGAAGGUGUUCUUCUGGCAUGUAGUUUGUUAUUUUUUGUGGGAGCCAGCAUGCUCAUGCUCAUUGUAGGCUGCUUUGCUGCAGUCUUGGUGACAAUAUCAUACCUCGGCUACAAGCAAAUUGGAAAAAAAUACGAAGAUGCACGUGGUAAGAUCAAAACGAAAACAAUGUUCCAACCAAAUGAUGACCCGAUCGCCAUAUUACCUCUUUUCAAGAAAACAGCGUCAACAGAUUGGUUCGAGAAUUCCGAAAUGCAAUUUCAAUUGCGAAACGUGAUGUGUAAAACAACAAGAUUCUAUCACGUAAUAAUUUCCCUGCCGUUGGAUAUAGUCUCAAAUUUGUCGUUAAAAGUGCAAAGGGGAACAGAUUACGACGCUCUAAAAGCAGAGUUAUUAUCAACGUUCAAACAAACCAAACCAGAGCCAUUCCAAGAAAAAGAAUCUUAA